AUGGACUCCCUCUCUUAUCUGAUCCUCAAACAGCCGCCUCCCUUCGACCCGGAAUGGCUCCAGCACGAAGAGGCAGCCAACCUCAGAGCGCCCAAGCAGACCUACGCCUCUCCUCUCGACCGCCAGCCCAUCUACGCAGAAGAACGCCGCCGCACCACCGGAGACAUGCUCGCGCCCUCGGGACCGCUUCACCACCUCGCCCGCAUCUCCAAAGCCCACCUCACCGCCCCAUCCACGCUAGAUGCCUUCCCGAUUCCCAUCCUCCGCUUCUCGGACCCGCAGAAUGAGACCUCGGACGUGGCGGUGGUCUACUUCCACGGCGGCGGGCUCUGCGUCGGCGAGGCGGACAGCGAGGAGCUCUCGUGCCGCUGGAUCGUUGACGGCGUGCCCGCCACGGUGUAUUCCGUCGGGUACCGCCUCAUGCCCGGCGUCCCUGCCGCGACCUGCGUCCGCGACGCGGUGGAUGCGUUCACGUACGUCAGGGGCCUAGUCCCCGAGGCGACGGUUAUUGUGGUCGGGAGCAGUAGCGGCGGACAGCUUGCCGCCGCGGUCUCGCAGAUUGUGCCGCGGGGGAGUCUGCAAGGCGUGGUGCUGCGGUGCCCUGUCACCUCGGACGGGGGCACGUCGGUUGAGUUUGUGCCGGAGGGGUUGAGGGGAGCGUAUACCACGGCCACGCCCGCGUUCGAGACGACGUCGUUGCCGGUGUUUAAGAGGGCUGUGCCGCGGGACGGGCUGGAGAGGUUGCCGUUGGAGGUUGGGGUGGAGGAGGUGCGCGGGAUGGGAAUGCCAAGGGUUUGGGUGCAGGUUUGUAGUAAUGAUACGCUGUAUGGGGAUGGGGUUUGCUAUGCGAUGUUGAUGAGGGAGGCGGGGGUCGAGGUUGAGGUUGAGGUGGUGGAGGGGUGGCCGCAUACGUUUUGGGUGAAGGCGCCUGGGCUGGAGGGGGCGAGGAGGGCGGAGGAGGGGAUGGUGGAGGGAUUGAAGUGGGUUCUGGGGGGGUGA